AUGGGAAAUGAAAAUGAUAUACUAAUGAGAAUAGACUGCGUCUCCUUCAAGCCCAACAGCACCGACAUCCUCGUGCAGAACCUGCACUGCAACGGAUCCCACGGUAUCUCCGUCGGUUCCCUGGGCCAAUACAAGGGCGAGGUCGACAUCGUGAAGAACGUCCUUGUCUAUAACAUCUCCAUGUAUAAUGCAUCUGACAUGGCCCGCAUCAAGGUCUGGCCUGGCAUUGACUCCGCCAUGUCCGAAGAUCUUCAAGGUGGAGGCGGUCUCGGCGCUGUCUCCAACAUCACGUAUAACAAGAUGUACAUCGAGAACGUGGACUGGGCGAUCGAAGUGACGCAGUGCUAUGGACAGAAGAAUCUGACUCUUUGCAAUGAGCACCCGAGUAACUUGACUAUCUCCGACAUCCACUUCAAUGACUUCAAGGGCACAACGUCGGGCAAGCGAGAUCCCUAUGUUGGAACGAUUGUGUGUUCGAGUCCGGAUGUAUGCUCGGAUAUCUACACGAGUAACAUCGAUGUGAAGAGUCCUAAAGGCACGGAUGACUUUGUUUGCACGAAUGUGAGUAUCCCUAACCCUCCUUCUUACUAUGCUCUAUUUCGCAUGCAUGUAAGAACCAUGAGGUAUCCGAGAUAUGCUAACGAAUAUUGUUUUGUCAGGUUGACACGGAACUCCUAG